CGCCUUGGCUACGGCCAAUGGUCCCUCCCCUGCUCACUGCUGCUAUUUUGGGCAGCAUCAGUAUCCCAACUGUGCUAUUGCACUCUCUGCUGCGGCUAGAGCCUGGGGUACUUGGAGGGGCAGGGAACUCUGAGCCGUGGACGGGCGAGCAUCGGAACAGAGCUGGCGGCGGGGGCAUCUACAGAGCAGGACAAAGUGAGGCAACCUCUGGGGGCCCUGCGAAGCCCCCCUGUAGGGUGCGGGGGGCACGGCUUGGGCCCCCGAAGCGAGAUCCCUGGCUGUGCUGACUGCGGGGUAGCCAUGGGGGGUGCUGGCCCCCAUGUGCAUGACUGGGGCUCGGAGCGAAUCGAGCCCUGCGGCAUCAGCUGCAGUACCCGACAAAGCCCCCAGGUGACGUGUGAAGCUCGUCUUCCAGCGACAGAGACCACCCCUGCUGCAGGAGUGAAUGUCGUAGUAGUGGUUGACGGGAACUGCAUACUCCAGUAUACCCACCGGCAGUCACCUUGUUCCUGCCUCUCCGACGGGGAACCCCUCUUGCCCCGCCGCCCUCCACCCACUUACGGUGCUGUGCCCCCCAGCCCCACCGUUCCCCGAGGCCCAGCCUGCGGCCAAGAAGCCGGACCACCCCCCUCCCGCAGGAUCCGUGGACUCAGCGUCCGCUGUUGCACCAAAGCCUGCCUGGGCGACGAAGAGGAUCACGCCGAGCGGCACUUCCACCGGGGGGCGACCUGCAGCCGCCUCACCCCGGUCCCCUUGCCCCGCAGCCCCUCCGGGCCCUGGUUCGGAGUGGGAUGUCUCAGCGGGGGCAAGCCAGGGGCUCGGGUGGUGAAGAUCUGGGACCAGCAGAGAUGCCCUUUGCUGGAGGAAGGAGACGUCAUCGCUAAGGUGAAUGGAGCGGACGUCCGAGAUCUGAGCCCUGGGGAAGUGGAGACCGUCUUACAAGAACAUACGCGAGCCGGGGAUGUGAUCCUGCUGGUGGAGAGGAAAGGCCACCACUCCCGGAGACACCCCCAUGAAAACUGCUCUUUUAGACGGGAACACCUCUUGCCCGAUCCCCCUCCCAAUAAAGGAGUCCCACGAGAUGCGCCAAACCCUUGGGGAGGCUCUGCAGGUGACACUCUGGCGGUGACCAGUUUUGUGGGCCCUGAGCCCCGGGACGUCCUGGUGUGUCCAGCUCGCUGUUCCCAGAGGCUGAGGCGGCCCCGGCCAGCAGGAGGGGCCGGAGAACCCACGAGCGGGAUGGACGGUCCCAAAGAAGAAGAGGGACGCAGCGCCGGUAUCGUCGCGCCAACUGAUGGAAGCGGAACUGGGCAUGCAGCCAGCUCCUUGUUGCCCCAUCAGGAGGAGGGCCCCUCGCAUCAAGAGGACGGGGGACUUCUCACGCGGUUGUCCCAUGGGGACGUCGGGGGCAUCUUCCGCCAAGCAGGCAGCCGGGUACGCAUGAGAGUCCGGAGUCGCAAGGAUGCUGGAGUUUCCAGCGAUUUGAACACCGCCGAUAUAGACGUGGGUGAAAGUCCUCGGAGCCCUACCUACCGCCCGUGUCAUACCCAGGAACCAAAGGAGACAGGCCAGUACUCCGUGGAGCUGGUACGAGGACCCAAAGGCUUUGGCUUUAGCCUGCGAGGUGGCAGUGAAUAUAACAUGGACAUCUAUGUCUUGGCCCUCAUGGAAGGUGGCCCAGCCCAGCAAUGUGGCAAGAUUCAGGUGAGCGACCAGCUGAUCGAGAUCAACGGGGAGCCCACUGCCGGCAUGACGCACGCACAAGCGGUGGAGCAUAUCCGCAGUGGGGGCAGCCGGAUGCGCCUGGUGCUGAAGCAGGGCAACGGCUUCAUUCCCAAUUAUGACCGCGAGUACAGCCAGAGUCCCACCAAGCUACAACUGGCGCCGGAGGCAGAGGACAAAGGCAGGCAGCGGCGCCGGAGACCAAACCCACUCGGGCCCCCGCAGUGUCAGGGACCGAACGUCUGCGAUGGGGGCAGCCAGGAAGCAUCGCCCGGUAACAGGCAGCAGCUUCCCAAAACCCGGCAGCAGCACCACGGCUCCACCAAGACACAGGGGGACGAAGACAAAGAAGAGGGGGAGGGGGGCUGGAGGCACCGAGAGCAAGGGAAGACAGCGGCGGAGGGCAGCAGAGACAGCUGCAAGCUCCUCUCCCCCAGGCCGAGCCGGAAGCUACGCUCAGACCUGGUCCCCGGGCCCUGGCUUGUCCCCAGCAAGGAACGCCUCUCUCGGGCUCUGUGGGGCGUCUGCAUGGGGCAGGGGGAGGAGGAGGAGCAGAAGGGCGACACGGGGAGGGGAAAGGGCAUGGAGGUGAAGAGGCGGAGCUAGAGCCCCCCCUCCUUGGCAUGGUGCAGAACUACUCAGUGCCUGGGGCAAUGGCAUGCCCCGCCCCUGCCAAUCUGGACUAUGCAAUAGGAUCUUCCUCUUUUUUUGGUGUGCGUUCCCUUUUCUCCAUUCAUACUAUGCAACCAGAAGCCUUUCUUUGUUUUGCUCUCUGCUCCCAUCCCUCUUCCACACUAUGCAAUGGGUCUUGACACCACCUUCUGCCCCCCACCCCAAACAUCUGUCUUCUCGUUGCCACCCUCCCUGGGACUGUGCAAUGGAAUCUUCC